UUCACUCCCAGUACUUGUGCUCUUCGCCAAACUUUACCCAUAACCUUUCAAAUAGCUGUCACAUCAGAAAGCCUGCAAUUCUCCUCAUUCUCACACACACUCGACGGCGCAAGACGACAAGUGAAUUGCAUUGCUGCCUAAUCCCUGUCGUGUGCUUCUUCAGCAGCUCCCACACCGAUCAUAAACGAUCAAGUUUGUCGAUAGGCACAAAAUCCGACAUGCCUCCUCGAUUCAUGCAACGUCUGGAGAGACAAGCCCAGGUCUAUCGCGAGGUAUUCGGAGAGAUCUCACACGACCCACCACCAUAUCCAUUCUCCCGAUCGGAAUCAGUCAAAAGCCAAAGCACAAUCAGGUCCAGCUCAUCGUCAUUACCGCCGCCACAAUACUCAAAGGUCAACGAAGGCCACUCAGAUCACUCUCGAUUUCGUCCUGGCCCAGAGGGCGCCAUCCUCCCGAAGGACUCACUCAUUCUCGUCACUGCUGCCAACAGCUUCCAAGGCAUACAGAUUGUGGAUCAACUACUGGCUCAUGGCUACCGUGUACGCGGUGCAGUUCGUGAUGCCGCCAAGGCCGUAUGGACGAGUAAGCUCUUCAAGCACAAAUACGGUCCUGGGCGAUAUACCACUUCUAUCGUUUCAGACAUGGUUCCACGAAACGCAUAUGACCUCGCCGUACGAUCCUGUGCUGGAGUCAUUCACUGCGCGAGUGUAACCAAAUUAGACCCGGAUCCAACAAAGAUCAUCGCUCCAAGCAUUGCUGGCGCUCUGAAUGCCCUGGCAUCAGCAUCACGAGAGAGCAGCGUCAAAAGAUUUGUAUAUUGCAGCGCGUUGACUGCGGCUGUCGAUCCAACAAUUGGCCGAUCGAAUCACGUUACAUACGAAAGCUGGAACAUGGAGUGUUUUCAGGCAGCCUGGAAUGGUCCCAUCUCAAACAAAGCGGAAUCAGAUAUGGAGCGAGCUUGGUCGGUGCAGUGUGCUGCAAAGUUUCAGACAGAACAGGCUGUCUGGCGAUGGUAUCGCGAACAAAGGCCCGAAUUCGACCUCAAUACAGUCCUCCCAGGCGUUCUAUGGGGAUCUACACUAUCACCUGAGCAAAACCAACCUACAUCGAUCGAAAUCCUCAACUCGAUGUUCCAUGGCGAUGCGCCCGCCACAUCAUGGUCACCAGCUCAACACUUCACAAACGUGCGGGACUCUGCCUUAUUGCACAUCGCAGCACUUCUUCUCCCCGACGUGCGCUCACGGCGUUUGUUCUCAGCUACAGCACCAUACAACAUCAACGAAAUCCUAGGUUCAUUACGGGAGCUGUAUCCAUCACGAGCGUUUCCCGGCAACGUCGACGAUCACGGCGUGGACGGAGCGAUCUUCGAUGAGCGGGACGAUGCUGAAAAGCUACUCCGCCGUAUGGGCAAGGGCGACGGCUGGACGGGGCUUCACGAGACGCUGCAAGAAUGCUGCGAUGCCUGGAUCUCUCGCGCCAAACAAAAACAAGACUUGAAGAUGAAGAUCAUCCGAGAAUGAGACUCCACCUAUGCACCUGCAGCACGUCUCCAGGUCCACCGGAGUGCUGAUAAACUCACGUGUUGCGACGAGCCUUAUCCCGGUUCCCGACACUCACUCCUACGUCUUGGGACAAAUUCCGAGAAUGCACUGUGAUAAUCCCACAUGCACCACAUUUCCGGUUUUCGCGUUUCAUCAUAUUUUUCACGGCACGCAAAUUCGGGC